UACGCAACGACCGUCCUCAGCGAAAGCCAUGGAAACGAUCAACAAUAAUCUCGAAAAUCUUAAUGUGGUCGGCGAUCAAGUCCCGGACACCUCACCCUCUCGCCACCUCGAGGAUCUUGCCUCUUCUGGGUCACCAGCUGGACCAUCAGCCACAACAGAUACAACGCCGAGACCUGUGACAACGGAAUCUGAAGAUGACCCUCAACCGCGUAAUCAUCGUGGUAAGAGAGCUGGUUGGAGAGUGAGGGAAAACAUGCGGAUGAGGCUCCUUAAUAAUCUCCAAAUUCGUUCGGUCGAUUACAUGGUCGCCCGAAAUAUAAGGGCCAUGAACCGUCGUCGCCCGGAUAGCGGUGGUCGUCGCGGCAACCGUGGAGGUGCAGCCGGACAAUAUGACCACACCGAAGGCAAAAAUUAAAAAAAAAACGCUCUCAAUGAUGACAUUAAACCAUUUCUGAAGAGGCGAUAACCAUUCAACUCGACUAAUAAAAAAGUACCAUUCUUUCUGUC